AUGCCUAAGCCGUUGUCACCUUCUACCAUUGACGAGGGUUUCAUCCUCUCGCCCCCGACUCUGCAGAACCCAGCAACGGCAGACCGGAUCUUUGAACGCAUUUUGCAAUGGCAUCUUCCUCAAGAUAUACUGGCCAAGAUUGCCCCGGCCCUUCACGACUUUGGGUCGGAUGCAAUUUCAGACAAAACAAAUGUCCUCAUUGGUAACGCGGAAAGUCAAGAACCCUAUGUGAAGGCCCACAACGUUUGGGGUGCCCGAUAUGAGGCAGACCGUCUAGUGACUAGCACCGGUUGGAAAGAGCUGGGAAAAUGGGGUAUCAAGCAUGGUGUUGUCGGCCUUGGAUACGAAGAGGAAUUCGGCCCGUAUCGUCGCAUUGUGCAGCAUGCAUUCAACUAUUUGUUCUCUGCAUCAUCUGCUGCAUACUCCUGUCCUGUCUCUAUGACCUCGGGAGCAGCAAGAUUGGUGCGACACCAGCUCUCCGGUGUUCCUCCAGACCAUCCGUUCCAUGAGCUUUACGCUCGUCUUAUCGCCCGUGAAAACAAUUGGAUUUCUGCACAGUGGAUGACCGAGCGCCCGGGUGGCAGCGAUGUUCGAAAUAGCGAAACCGUCGCGACGUACUCCCCGCUCGCAUCCAAGACUGGCCGAUUCGGCAACAUCGAAGAGGGUGACUAUCUGCUAUCCGGGUUCAAGUUCUUCUGCAGUGCCACCGAUUGCAAUAUUGUCCUGCUAUUGGCAAAGACUGAAUCCGGAGAACUGUCUCUCUUCGUUGCGCCGACCGUCAAAGCCGCCGUGGAUGGUCAAGGAAAGAUCAAGCGAGUAUCUAAUGGAAUUCGCAUUCACCGACUCAAAACCAAAAUGGGGACGAAGGAACUUCCCACGGCCGAGGUCGAGCUUCGGAAUGUGCGCGCACAUCUCAUAGGGCCGAAAGACCGUGGCAUUGCAACCAUUGCCCUGCUGCUGAAUGUGACGCGCACUCACAACUUUAUCACCGCACUGUCGUGCCUUCGUCGGGCUUUGGAUAUCGCAAAGGCCUUUGCCCGGGCUCGCACAACCAUCGAUCAGCCACUCUGGACCUUCCCAAUGCAUUUGAAUGUACUAGCCCAGUUGGAAGUCAAACAUCGGGGCUGGAUGCAGCUUGCUUUUUUCACCUCGUCGCUGUUGAGUUAUGUGGACAACGGAUUCCCAGAUGGCGUGCCAGAGGCCUUUGCUGUGUUGGCCAAGUCCCCCGCCACAUCGACUGUUGUCCUGCGGGCUUUCACUUCGACUUCCAAGGCGGUCAUUUGCAAGUCUGCCACCCUAGCUUUCCAGGAGUGCCAAGAAGCCAUGGGUGGUGUGGGUUAUAUCGAUGAACCGGAAGAGCCAGAAUUCAAUGUGAGUCGACUGUGGCGCGACACUGCCAGUAACAGUGUUUGGGAGGGUACCACCAAUGUCCUGGCGAGCGAGACGGUGCGACAUCUUACCAAGGGUCAGAAUUUGGAGCUGUUUGACGAGUGGAUCACCACUGCCAUUGCUCGGAUCUCCACCGGUGCUUUCAGGGCAACGUUGCAGAACGUCUGGAACCUUCUGAAAGCAAAGCUGGCUCCUGGUCAAGACGGCCAGGGACUGAUAGCUGUGCUAGGUGUUGCUCGCCAGAUCAUAUUUACACUUGCCUGGCUGGUGAGCGGCGUCUUGCUCUCAUUAGAUGCCCAACGAGACAACGACGAAGUGGCUCGCGAAGUUGCUCGGAGAUGGGUCCUGGAUGGACAAGGAAUACCUGGAGAAUUCGGGUUCACCGAUAUCAUCUACCAGCGAUCGGCCACCGCACAGGACCGAAAGCCAACUGAUCAUGAACGGACCGAGUGGGAUUGUCGCAUCGUCUGGGGAACCGAUUUACCUUCGAAUUCUUCCGCAGGUUAUCGGGCUGCCAAAAUCUAA